AUGGGUCGCAAGCCGAACCCCCUCAUCCUCGAGUACUUCGUCCGCGGGCCGAAGCUCAACGACAACAGCAACCGCUAUCCUCACACGUGCAAGCAGUGCGGCGAGAACUUCCCCAAGGGCCGCAUCGACAGCCUGACGACGCACAUCACCAAGAAAUGCCCCGCUAUCUCCGACUCGGACCGCAUGCGGGCCUGCCUCGAGCUGCACGGCAUCACCACCGCCAGGGCGGCCAUCGACCGGCCUCAGGGAGGCCCUCCCGUCAAUGGCCAGCCCACUGCCCAGCUCGCGCUGCCUCAGGGAUGGAGUGCCCUCGAGACGCUCGCUGAGGCAUCCCGCCAGGUUGAUCUGAACGAGAACAGUCGCGGCCAGAAGACAUCCGAUCCCGCUGCCAACCCACCUGCUAACGGCGGUGGGUUCGUGCCCGAUCGACUGGAGCUGCAGGAGCAGUUUACCCUCGACAAUCCCCCCACGACCUACGACAGCCCUUUUGCGGGCACCGCCGCGGUCAAGUUUCCGUCACCGACUCCCGAGCUCUCGCCGGAAGAGCGUCUUCAGGCUCUUCUCCCCGCCAGCGAAGCGUCACCAGAUACAACCAACAUAUCCGUCGCGGUUGCCGCCACAGCCCGCUUGAAUACAACCUUUCUCGACCCCCAGCUCGUCAACACCGACAUUCCACCGCCAACCUCGUCUCCACCCAUCGUCGAGAACCACCAGACAACCAUCGAUUCAGUACCAGUCUCCUUGCCCACCUCCUUACCUGAUACAAGCGUCUCCCAGCCGUGGGGUGAAAUGACAUACUUGACCACGACGAACCCUAUCCCCCUGCUGACGGAGAGUUCUCCCGCGCUGCCCCUCAUGAGCCGCGGGGGGGUACGCAUGGACACCAGCGAUGGGCUCAUCAACGGAAGGGCGCGUCAUGCACGGUCGAGAUUCACUCCCGCGAGACGUAAGGAAGUCCAAGAGGUCAGGAAGAUAGGGGCCUGCAUUCGGUGUCGGAUCCUGAGAAAGAACUGUGGCAAAGGGACACCCUGUGAUACCUGCCGCAAGGUCCUGGCACCACGUGUCUGGAGGACUGGCUGUGUCCGCACCCGCCUACAUGAACAACUUGACCUGUAUGCUGCUGGCGUCCAGGUCGUCUUGUCCCAGAAUCGCAUCAACCUUAUCAAGGACCAGCUGAAGCUCACCAACGAUGGAAGCCUGAUUGAGGUGUCUCAUUUUCCGGAAGCGGGCAAAAAGAUUGUCUUUGGGGCCUUGGUGUAUCCAUUGGAACUGAGCGAGUCACAGACGGAGGCUCGUGAAGACAAACGCCCGUUUCAUCAAGUCAUCAUGAUUGACCAGGAUUCAGAGGAUAUCCCAGCCAAAGCCGAGGCGUACAUGCGAGAUGUGCUGACGACCUUUAUUGAGCGCGAGCCGUCAAGAUUUAUGAAAGUGACGCUCGAGGCUGCAUGUCAACAGCUAUCCAAGGGAGAAGAUGAUCUUCUCAGAAAGGCUCUGGAGCUGUGGGGUCUGGUGGAAAGCAUUGAUCGAGAGCGACAGUGGACGAUACUGGAGAAACCGAGUGCCGAGGGAGAAGAGCCGAGAUGGAUAAAGGAGGCACAAAACGAGAACGACGCGGACAUUUACACCAUGAUCUGCAUGCAGCUCAACGCCGCGGCGGAACGAAAGGCCAACAGCACUUCCAAGAGCCUGCUGAAUCACAUGGACAGGCUGCUCACGGACAGCAAAACAAAGGUCGGAUUCAAAAUCUACCUCACCGCCAUCAUCUUUCUCAACUGCGUGGAAAAGUCGACCUGGGCAUUCAAGGCGUGGGAGCAAGACCAUCUCCGCCCGGGUUGGCCCCUUGAGCGAGAUCCCAGCGUCUUCACCCAGCAAGGCGGCAAUCUGGCCGGGCUCCUGAAGAUGCUUCUAUCCAUCCGCAAAGCCUUGCCUCAGACCAUGAGGGGCGUGGACGGGAAGUUGACAGUAAAAGACAACGAUCCGGAGAUUACAGAAUACUUUCACACCCUUGACCUCGAUUUUGACGCCAUCGAAGCCCGUCAAAAAAGCUCCCAGUUUUCCCCUGCCGAUUCACGCUCCCUGGAACUCGCCUUUUGUUCCCAUCUUCUACUCCCCAACACGCCCUAA